AAAAAUAUAAAAAAAAUACACUACGCCUAACGCUUCACAGUUCACAUUCAAGCGCUUGAUUUAAUUUAAUCGCUGUAGACAAGUUUGCAACUUUUCAGUAAAUACGUUGUUUUAAAGUUAGGCUAAAAUGUCUAAAGCGCAUCCUCCAGAAUUAAAAAAGUAUAUGGACAAAAGGCUGUCCCUGAAACUAAAUGGCGGUCGUGUAGUAUCGGGUAUACUGCGUGGUUUUGAUCCUUUCAUGAACGUAGUCAUUGACGAAUCAAUAGAGGAAUGUAAGGAUAGCACUCGGAAUAACAUUGGAAUGGUGGUGAUCCGAGGAAAUAGCAUCAUUAUGGUGGAAGCCCUGGAUAGAAUAUAAUAUAUUAAAAGAUCUUUGUAUCUAUCAAUAAAAAUAAAACAAAUGUUUAAAAUGUGCAA